ACUGCAAACCGGAACCUCAUGAGAUAAAGAUAUCCAAAAACGAAAAGAACUCUGUGAUGACAUGAGGAAAAGACCCGAUUUGCGACCUCUUUCUCGACAUUUAAAGAACAUUCCGCUAUGGGAGAGGCCUGCCCCAAAGUAUCCUCUUUAUCGUCCUGGGAACCCACAGACCCGUCUGUUUCUGCCACAGUUCUGGAUGAAAAUCUUACGAGAUGAAAGAAACAGAGCACCUCCAAACUCAGUUCAUUUUGAAGUCCACAGAGAAAUGGGCAAAAGUGACAUCAGACAGUACUUGGAGAAGAUAUAUGAAGUCAAAGUGCUGAAGAUAAGAACGUACACAAUAGAGGGGAAAGAUGCCAAGGAAAGAGCUAUUGAUGAAUCAUGGUUGAGGUCAACAUUUAUAACGACAGAUUUUGAUAGAAAGUUUGCUUAUGUUACACUGGAGGGUACAACCUUUGAGUUUCCUACAGGGAUCACAGAGGGGUACACAAAGAAGUUCAACAGGGAGGAAAAAGAGAUGAACAAACAUAAACUGAAGGAUCCAACAGACACAGACACUAGAGGAAUCCCCGAGUUCUUUAUACAGUAAAUCACUGUUUGUGGGUAGUUGUGUAGACAAGGAUAUCCAGAAAAAAAAAGACUUGAUUUUGAUUUUUGUGUAUAUGUAUAAAAUUUAUACAGCUCUAUGAACAUGUUAAUUUGACAUUGUCUUUAUCUAUCUUUUGUGAAGGAAGUCAUGUCUGGUUUA